CGCGAUGACGCCAUCGGGGCGCGCGCCGCGCGGGGAGAGGGGAAGGGCGGAGCGGGGUUGGGGUGGGGGGGGCAGGCGAGGUGUGCGGGCCGGGAGCUCUCCCCGCGGCGGUGCCGCGCGCCAUGGCCCCCCCCAAGGACAUCAUGACCAACUCCCACGCCAAGUCCAUCCUCAACGCCAUGAACGCCCUGCGCAAGAGCAACACGCUCUGCGACGUCACCCUCCGCGUGGAGCACAAGGACUUCCCGGCCCACCGCAUCGUCCUGGCCGCCUGCAGCGACUACUUCUGCGCCAUGUUCACCAGCGAGCUCUCAGAGAAAGAUAAACCCUGUGUGGAUAUCCAGGGCCUGACAGCCUCCACCAUGGAAAUCCUGCUGGACUUUGUAUAUACAGAAACUGUGCAUGUGACGGUAGAAAACGUCCAGGAACUGCUCCCAGCAGCAUGUCUGCUUCAGCUGAAAGGUGUGAAACAAGCUUGCUGUGAGUUUCUAGAAAGCCAACUGGAUCCAUCAAAUUGUUUGGGCAUUCGGGAUUUUGCUGAGACACACAAUUGUGUGGAUCUAAUGCAAGCUGCAGAGGUCUUCAGCCAGAAACAUUUUCCAGAGGUGGUUCAGCAUGAAGAGUUUAUCCUUUUAAAUCAAGAAGAGGUUGAAAAGCUCAUCAAGUGUGAUGAAAUUCAGGUGGACUCUGAAGAGCCCGUGUUCGAGGCAGUCAUAAACUGGGUGAAGCACUCCAAGAAGGACCGAGAGGCGUCGCUGCCCGAGCUGCUGCAGUACGUGCGGAUGCCGCUGCUCACCCCCCGCUACAUCACGGACGUCAUCGACACCGAGCCUUUUAUACGCUGCAGCCUCCAGUGCAGAGACCUCGUCGAUGAAGCCAAGAAAUUCCACCUUCGGCCCGAGCUCCGGAGCCAGAUGCAAGGACCCAGGACACGAGCACGUCUGGGAGCCAAUGAAGUGCUGCUCGUGAUCGGCGGCUUCGGCAGCCAACAGUCCCCCAUCGACGUGGUGGAGAAAUACGACCCCAAGACCCAGGAGUGGAGUUUCCUGCCGAGCAUCACCCGGAAGAGGCGAUACGUGGCCACCGUGUCCCUCCACGACCGCAUCUACGUCAUCGGGGGCUACGACGGCCGCUCCCGGCUCAGCUCCGUGGAGUGCCUGGAUUACACGUCGGAUGAGGACGGCAUCUGGUACUCGGUGGCUCCCAUGAACGUGCGGCGAGGGCUGGCGGGAGCCACCACCCUCGGAGACAUGAUCUACGUUUCGGGUGGGUUCGACGGGAGCCGCCGUCACACCAGCAUGGAGCGCUACGACCCCAACAUCGACCAGUGGAGCAUGCUGGGAGACAUGCAGACAGCACGGGAGGGAGCAGGGCUUGUGGUAGCCAAUGGAGUGAUCUACUGCCUCGGUGGCUAUGAUGGGCUGAACAUCCUGAAUUCUGUAGAGAGGUAUGACCCCCACACUGGACACUGGACAAACGUCACCCCGAUGGCCACCAAGCGCUCAGGGGCUGGAGUGGCUCUGCUCAACGACCACAUUUACGUGGUGGGGGGGUUCGACGGGACGGCGCAUCUGUCCUCGGUGGAGGCCUACAACAUCCGCACCGAUUCCUGGACAACGGUAACGAGCAUGACCACACCCCGGUGCUACGUGGGGGCCACGGUGCUGCGGGGCCGGCUGUACGCCAUCGCCGGGUACGAUGGCAACUCACUGCUGAGCAGCAUCGAGUGCUACGAUCCCAUCAUUGACAGCUGGGAAGUGGUCACCUCCCUGGGGAUGCAGCGCUGCGACGCGGGAGUCUGCGUCCUGCGGGAGAAGUGAUCGGGAGGGAGCUCGCAAAGAGGAACACUCUAAAAAAGUCUCGGCUGGAGAAAGAGUCCCAAGUGAUUUGCAGUGACUGCUCCUGGGAGUUGUGGAUGCUGUGGGAAUAGGCACCAGAAGAGCAGCUUUCUGUGCUGCUUGUGACUAGAGCAUGUGCAUAACCGUGUGAUCUCAGCAGUCAUUUGAAAUCGGGGGCUCUGUGGGAAGCUGGACGAAGGGGGUGAGUGGGUCAUGAGAAGCUGCACUCUCUGCUGUUCCUGUGGCUCAGUCUAUGGGCAGAGCAGAGAUGCCCCAGCCUGGCCUCAGCCAGCCUGGUGAACCCUCCCAAGGACAUGUACAUACCACUGGGUCACCUCUCCAGCCGCCGCAGGACCCCGCGGGCCCUCGGGUUGCUCUCAGCCACGUGGAUGUGGGAGGGUGAAUCCGGCUGCUCUUGUGUUCCAGCUUCAAAUCAUCAUGUACAUACUGAAUGUUCAAACGUGCUCCUCGAGCACACGUGGGUGCAGAGCCAGAUUGGGUGAGCGUGUGUGAGGGGGGGCCUGCAGUGUCGCUGUGUCCGCAGGUUCCUCCCAGGGCUGCACACAAAAGGAGUCGCAGGUUAAAGCUGUCAACUACUGAGACCCAGAAGCCGAGGCUGCAGGGGCAGAGGGCAGGGGGAAAGCUCACUGCCUGCUGCAGAGGCAGGGCUGUGGUGUUUGUGCUCUUGAUCAGGUGCUCGGCAAGGUUCUUCACGUGGCACUUCCCUCACAAAGCUUGAGAGCCCCAGCUGCAAAGCGCCGCCAUCCGUGAGCCCUGCUGUGCCGCGGCCGUGCCUUUGCUCCCACCCUGCAGGGACGUCACCCGAGCUGAGGCCACCAGAGCAGGGACACGGUGGCUGCUGCCCACCAAGGUCUUGCCGGAGAGUGACUGGGGUUCAUCCCCGGAGUCCAGCACACCCACUGCAGCCUUUCACUCAAGUUCAUUGUGUUGGUUUUCCUUUCAUCCAGGAUUUUCCUGCUUCCAGGGCCGUUCUGGAGUAGCAUCCAGGAUUCCGUUCUGCCCUUUGUUCUCAGCUGUUCACUUCCCUGCCCACAUCCUCUGACACCUGCUAUCCCUCGCCUGCCCCACGAGCCCUCGCUGGCUCUCAGCAUGUGUCCUGCCUCGCUGCGUUCUGGGAGCACGGGCUCCCCUCUGCCAUCAGCUUGGCCCCACAGUGCCUGGGCUCUGUGUAGUGCUGCUCGUUGAGCUUCCUGCUGACUCCUUGCUUGGGGACAGGGUGGGAUCAGGGACGUGGUAGCAUGACUUAAUUAUGCACUUUCAGCCAACGCUCUGAACCUUCUGCGUUUGUUUCUAUCACACAAGUGUUCUGUGGUUUUGUUUCCUAUGUUUAUUUUCUAAUGAAAGUAUAAAGAAUAAAAUAUUUCCUGAGCCA